AUGAGAGCACAAUCUCCCACAUCGAAAUUUAUCCCUACAUCAACAAUCACAACAACUAGAUUAGUAAGUUCCCCUCACUCAAAUAUAAGAGAUCAAAGAGCUGAUUCAUCAGUGAAUAGCAGAGUAACAAAAAUAACAACCUACUCCACAAGACCAAAGACUACAAUAACAACAACAACUACAUUUAGACCAGUCAUUGAGACAAGAACAGUAAGACUAUGCACAGAUAAAAGAUGCUAAGGACAUGAAUAGCAUAUUGAAUAAUUGACUUAAGAGAACCAGUAAUUACAUUAAAGAAUUUUUGAACUUCAAUAGGAAAUAGAGUCCACAUCUAUCUGCCAACGACAACACACUAAUACAUAUUCUUGUGAGAUAGAUAACAUUAAGAGAUUGUAUGAAGAAUCGUAAAUUAAUCACAAAUCUGAGAUUGAAUACCUUACUUAAGAAAUUACAUAAUACAAGACCCAAUUCUAACAUUCAGAUGAUUAAGUAAAAUACUUGACUUAGUAAUUAAAAAAAUAAUCAAAUAAUGAGAAUUAUGAAAAUUAAAUUACUUUACUAACUACAGAAAUGGAAAGGUUAAAUAUGAUCAUUUUGGAGAAGAACACUUUUGUAGAAUAGUUGACCCAAAAAAUAAAUGAAUUAGAUUCUGAAUUAAUUAAUAAGGAAAAUAUCGUUGAAAAUUUAGAAAAUAAUUCAUCUAAAUUGAGAAAACAAUAUUAAGAAGCAUGUAAUCAAGUAGUUCUUAUCAGAUCAGAGUUGGAUAGAUAAUUGGAAACCAUAUAAUAGUAGGAAAGAAAUAUAUUCCUUUUGAAUCAAGAUAAACAAGCAAUUGAAUAAUAUACUUUUAUUUUGGAAUAAAAGGAGCAACAAUUAUAAUAGUUGAGAAGUAACAUUUAAUUGUUAGAAAUGAGAUUGCAAGAACAAUAAACAACAAUUUAAGCAUAAUAUAAGGAAAUCGACAACCUCAUGCUUAGAUUGGAUUCUGCCAAUCAGUAAAUUGAUUAUCAUUAAGCAGAAUCUGAUGAUCUUUAAAAAUAUCGAAAUAUUUUAUAAGGUGAAUUAGAAACGUCCAAGUAAGAAAAUGCAAAAUUGUAAGAUCAAAUUACAAAAUUAAAAUAAUAAUAAACAGAUUUAAAUAAAACAAUUGAAAAGUUAAAGUUGGAUCUCAAUUAAUAGCUAAGUUCUAUUUAGUAAGAUUUCAACUUCGAACUCUAAUCCAAAAAUGAUGAGUUGGAGUAAAAUAAGUCUUAAUAUUAAUUGGAAUUAACUGUGAUUACUAAAAAGUUUUAGGAAGAAAACUAUUAGCUUAGAAUCAAUAAUGAGGAUCUGUAAAAUGAGUUAAAUUAAUUAAAUAAUGUCAAUUCAAUCUUGCAGAACACAGUAGAUGAAAAAAUAAAUGAUAUCUCAAGUUUGAAAAACCAAUAUACUUAAUUAUAUAGUGAAUAUAAUACAUACAAAAUGAAGCUUUAAGAUGAGAAUCAUAAAUUAAAAUUAGAAAUAGAAGAUGCAUUAAUUACUUCUAAUUAGUUAUAAUAAAAAAAGAACUCAUUAGAAUCAACAAUUACUGAAUUGAAUCUUGUCAUAAGUUCAUUAUAACAAUAAAUAACUUAGUAAUAAAAUGAAUUGAAUUCAUUAAGAUAUAAAUCUGGUGAGGAAUACUCAAAUUUAAGAAUCCAAAUUGAAUAACUUGAUUAAAACAAUAUUUAACUAUAGACGAUAAGAUCCAGAUUAUAAAAGGAUUAUGAAGAAAAGUUGAAUGAGCUUAAAGAUUUACAAGAUAAGUUCAAUUAAUACAAAUAGACUACCUAGCAAGCAAUUAAGGAUUUAGAGAAAAAGAUAUACGAAUACGAAGAAAAGUUAUCCUUAUUAUCUUCAGAGAUUUAAAGAAUGUUAUUCUAAAUCAACUAAAAGAAUGAUUUAAUCUAAGAACAAACUACUGUGUUAGAUGAAUAUUAGAGAGAAAUCAAAUUAUUGAAAUAAUAGCUUGAAGAAAGUGAACUUUAAGCUGAAGAACAAUAAAAGAAAAUAGAAUUUUAAAUGAAUGAAGCAUUGACAUAACAAAGAGAGAAAUUAUUUAGAUUUGAAAGCGAAAAUCUUUCUUUUAAGUCUUUUAUUGAAGAACAAAAUCAUGUGAUCGAAACUUUGUCAAAAUAAAUUGAUGGCAUGACUGGUGAUUUAAAAUAUUAAUAAUAAUUAGAGGAAGAGUUAUCAAAGAAAAAUUCAUUCUUAACAAAAUAAUUGACAGAUCUUCAGUCAGAGAAUGCUGAAAAUUAAUUUAAGGUUGAUCACUUAUUAGUUGAAAACAAAGCUCUAAAAUAGGAACUAGAGAUUAGAAUAGAUACAGAGUCAGAACUUAAAUUUAAAUUAGAUAAACUUAUUGAAGAACUAGCAAAGAAAUAACAAUAAAUUAAUGAAUUUGAAUAAAGAAUUAAAGAAUAUGAGUCAAUCCAAUCAAAUGAAGUAGUUUAAUUUGAAGAAAAAAUCACCUAUUAUUAAAAUGAAGUUGAAACUUGGAAGAAAAAAUUCAUAGUCUUAAAUAAGGAUUAUCAUAAGACAUAAGAGGAUUUAAUGAUGGUUUAAGCAGAAUUUGACGCAUUUAAAUAAAGAGGAAACGCAACUGUAGUUAAGGAAUCAACAAGUUUUGAGGUUCGCAAAUCAUCCUUAUAUAAGGAAAAUAUUACAAAUACUAAAUCAAGUUAACUCAGCUAAUCCAGUCAAAUUAUUGUAAGACCCCUAAAGGAAGUAAAUAUUUGA